AUGCCCCCUCCCCCUCUCCCCCUCCUCCUCCUCCUCCUCCUCCUCCUCUCGUCAGCUACCCCAUCAGACGUUCCUGCGCCGUCAGCCCUGGGGAAGAGGAGCUUCUCAGCUGUCCUCGAUGCUCCCGGUGCUUCGCGGUACCUGAGAUUGAGCACGUCAUGCGAUGCAGGAGAGGUGCGGACGGGGAUCGAGGAGGGAGGCGGGAGCUCGCAACCAGGGAAGACUAUCCUGACGUUGAGAGAAGGAUACUACGACAUGAAGGUAGUGGAGGAGGAGGAUGUUCCUCAAGGAAGUAGCGGAGCAAUCAAUCACAUCCACUCGUACAUCCCCUAUCCUCACACGCUGGACGCUGAGAUCCCCUCCUUGCUCCUCGUCCUCGGACGGCCGUGGAGUUUGAUGAACUCUCGCCUUCAGUGCGGGAGAGGUAUCAUCGUCCACAUGGUGGGCCAAGGAGGAGCGAUGUGUGAAGGGUGCGUGCUUGAAGGCCUGGACAGCAACGAGCUCCGUGCUGCCUUCUGUGUCAGCAUGGAGGAGUCGGCGAUGAUAUCGGUGAACAUGAGCGUCCUGCAGGACUCGGUCGGAGCGGUGCUGCGAUGCUCAGGGUCAAGUUUAGCCGAUCUGUCACGAUGUUCGUUGCAGUAUGGAGGGUACGGCAUGUCGCUGGAGGGCGAUGCCAUUAUCAGAGGUUCUGAGCUCUGCCUUCGGAGGAUCCGCAUCGGCGCACUGGUAGUCCCCGCCUCGUCCAAGAGCACACAGCUAGUGCUGUCUGAUUGCUACAGUUGUCAGACGGAGACGUGGGGAUCGGAGAGAAGGCCGAAGAGGCUGUUGCUCUCCGCAUGCUCCUUUGAGCAGAGCCAGUGGGUGCUCAAUGAGCGUCGAGCGAACGCGAGCGAGUGGAUGCGAUCGGGGGUGUACAUGAAGAGCCUGAGGAGCGAAAGGGCCUUCAAAAUGCAGGAGCCGACUGCAGACCAGGUAGCCAAGGGAGCGCUGAUCCGAGCGGAGCAAAGGAGAGUGCUGCAAGAGGAGAUGAACCGGCCUGUGGAGUGGAUGAAGAGGAGGAAGUUCCAGCGGACAUUCGUCGUCCUCAAACAAAGGCUCGAGAACAACUCCGAGGUUACCAACAAGGUGGAGGUUGAUUCUGAGGAGGAGCUGUACAACGACGAUUAUCAGUUUGUGACCCGCAAGUCCCCCAACUCUCCGAUCACAAUGGAGCUCGUGAAGGCUACGAAGCAGGAGGAAUCGCCUAUGUUCCGCGAUGUCCCAGUGGAGGAGGUGGUCAUGCGAGAUUUCAACGAGCACCUUCGUUACUACCGGCCAUUCCCGGGGCUGAACUUUGAGGAGGAAGAGGAGGAGGUGGCGGAGGAGGAGGAGGAGGAGGGAGGGGAGGGAGUUCACAAGGACAAGGACAAGGACAAGGACAAGGAAAGGCAGGAAGGGGAGGACUCUUCUGCUUCCUCCGAGUCCUACUUGGUAUUGGAACGAGCGUCGUUUUCCUCCCUUGACCUGGAGGAGGAGUGGAAGGAGCGGUCCGUGUACGCGCCAUGGCUCAGAGACUACGAGGUCCUCGCCUCUAGCAGGGACGAGCUCGACCCCUACAACUGCACGGGGAGCAGAAACCCUCUGGGUUUUCCCCCUGACGUUCUCAUGAACCUCUCCUCCCCGACUCUCUUCCUGGAGAACUCAGAGUCCGAGGCCUUCUCCCCAAAGAUCCUCUACGACAGCGUCAACCAAAGCUGUCGGUUCGCCUUGCCUGGGGAGAGGAGCGACAAGAGGAGAGGAAUCUUCCUGUACGAUGCGUACGACGACGACGACGACGUCAAGCGGAAGGUGUGGAGCGGGAGGAAGGAUAGUGACGAGGACGAGGACGAGGACGAGGACGAGGACGAGGACGAGGACGAGGAGGGUAGGGGAUGGGGUUAUUCAGCAUUUUAA